GCGGGCGCGUCCAUUCCUCCUGCAGCUCCCCGUCAACGGUGCUGUUAAAUAGAACACGGCAUCCACAACAACCCUCUCGCAAAAUUUCCACCAGGCAUCCCAUUUUCUCUACCUGACACCUGCCUAGACCUAAGAAGUCUGUCUGCCUACAAUCGUCAGCCUUAUCGUCUUUUUGCUCGCGGAUCCGCGUAGCACAUCCUUUUCUUUUCCUUUUGGUUAUCCAUAACCUUGGCAACACCUUUCUUUGCUUUCUCUCUCUUUUUCGCUUUAGAGACCUACGCAACUACCCAUCAUCAUUUUCUGAUAUCGACAUAUCACCCAACAACAUCAUCAUCAUCUACUACCAGUAAUCCCGCAUCGGAGGAGUAGUCGUUUCGCUCGAUUACUCUUUUUUUUGCGUCCGGAGUGCGACAAAGUAGCGGCUUAUAACAAGUCCAAGUUGGAAAAAAACCAUCAAUCAGUGGUAUUUCUCUCUUGGCAAAUCCACAACAAUCCCCUUCCACGACAAACAAACAAACAACCUACCUUAACUAUCCUCUUGCUUACCUACGUACCUGCCUACCUACCUACCUACCUACCUACCUCUGCUCAACCAACCAUCUCGUCAAUCAAACCGAACCGAACCAAACCGAACGAUAGCCGAAUAAGCUCUCGUGCCUUGUUGCUCUACUCGACAAUCUGUUACCACCAACACUACAAGUUUAACAGUCAUGUCUGACAAUCGUGGCGGUCGUGGAGGUCGUGGCGGCGGUGGUCGCGGCGGCGGCGGCGGCGGCGGAGGCCGUGGAGGUGGUCAGCAAGGCGGCGGUGGAGGCCGUGGAGGUGGUUACCAAGGCAGCGGCGGCGGUGGAGGCCGUGGCGGCGGUUAUCAAGGCGGUGGCGGCGGUGACCGUGGAGGCCGUGGCGGCGGUUAUCAAGGCGGUGGUGGCGGUGGUUUCCAAGGCGGCGGUGGAAGGGGUGGCCGUGGCGGCGGUUUCCAAGGCGGCGGCGGCGGCGGCCGUGGUGGCUUCGGCGGAGGACAGGGCGCGGGAGGAUACGAACCCCCUCCACCGGAUGUCUACAAGGGAAUUGACGGUCGUGGUGCCCCCGAGCCUGACGCCCAGAUCACCAAACUCGAGGAUGAUUGGAUCAAGAAGCACGUCAGCGACAAUCUGGUCACUUCCAUGAGCAAGCUUUCGCUCAGCGAGAAGGAGAAAGCCAACAACUUGCCGGUUCGCCCUGGCCAUGGUACCAUGGGCGAGAAGGUGAAGCUUUGGGCCAACUAUUUCAAAAUCAACAUCAAAUCACCAGCCAUUUACAGGUACACCAUCAAAGUUGCCGCCACCGAGGAAAAGCUCGGAAAGGAAGCUGAGGUCGCAUCCAAGAAAGUGGAGGUGGUGGUUGGGAAACUGCUCAAGCAGAUCGAAGCCAACGUGAAAUCCGUGGCGAUUGCCAGCGAUUUCAAAGUGCACCUGGUGACGACCACCAAGCUCAAAGUUCCCGAGAACCGCAUCUUUGAGGUGACGUGGACCGAGCCGAGUUCCAACCAAAACCUGCCCAGCAAGCCCCAGACUUGGGUGGUCAAGGUGGAGGAGAGUGUCGAAACCUGCGAUUUCGGCAAGGUGCUGAACGAGCUCACGACACUUGAUCCCAAGCUCGACGGAGACUUUCCCAAGUACAAUGUGGAGCUCGAUGCCCUCAACACCAUUGUGACUCAUCAUGCCCGCGCCGACGACAAUGUUGCGGUGGUGGGAAGGGGAAGGUUUUUUGCCAUUGGUGAUGACCUCAUUGAACAAGUGCGGCCCCAUGACUCCCCUUUGGUCAUCUUGCGAGGAUAUUUUGCCAGCGUCCGUCCAGCUACCGGAAGACUUUUACUCAAUACCAACAUCACGCAUGGUGUCUUCCGUCCUGGGGUCAAACUUGCACAGCUGUUUCAGGAACUUGGACUUGACGUAAUGGACAAAUGCAAUGCCUGGAACGAAGUAACCAAAAAUCAGCUCAACGACAAGAUGCGCAGAGUUCACAAGGUCCUGGCUAAGGGCCGUGUCGAGUUGAAUGCCCCAUUCCUUAUUGAUGGAAAGAUUGUUUAUAAAAAAUGUUACCGCACGCUCAAUGGCAUUGCUAACCGUGGCGACGAAAGGGGGAAGCAAAAGGAUGGUAAAGAAGUCCGAUAUCCGCCCUUGUUCGGGAUUCCGGGUGUCCAGGUUGGCGGCCCGACCUCUUGUCAGUUCUACUUGCGUGCGCGAGAGACAAAGGAUGGCGCUGCCCCUCCUCCGACUCCCGGCCUGCCGAGCAACGCGUACAUCACGGUAGCGAACUAUUAUAAACAACGGUACGGAAUAACCGCCAAUGCUUCGCUUCCUCUGGUCAACGUUGGCACCAAGGAAAAGGCGAUUUACGUCUUGGCCGAGUUUUGUACGCUGGUCAAAGGCCGUUCCGUCAAGGCUAAGCUGACAGCCAACGAGGCGGACAACAUGAUUAAGUUUGCUUGCAGAGCUCCUUCGCUGAACGCUCAGUCUAUCGUGACGAAAGGCAGACAGACACUUGGUCUUGAUAAAAGCCUGACGCUUGGCAAGUUCAAGGUUUCGAUCGACAAGGAGCUGAUCACCGUUGUCGGGCGUGAGCUCAAGCCUCCGAUGCUUACGUACAGCGGUAACAAGACGGUAGAGCCGCAGGACGGCGGGUGGUUGAUGAAGUUUGUCAAGGUCGCCAGACCUUGCCGCAAGAUUGAGAAGUGGACAUACUUGGAACUGAAGGGUUCCAAGGCAAACGAAGGGGUGCCGCAAGCUAUGACCGCUUUUGCCGAAUUCUUGAACAGAACGGGCAUCCCGAUUAACCCCAGGUUCUCGCCGGGCAUGAGCAUGUCAGUUCCAGGGAGCGAAAAAGAGUUCUUUGCCAAAGUGAAGGAACUCAUGAGCUCGCACCAAUUUGUGGUGGUUCUUUUACCCAGAAAGGAUGUUGCGAUCUACAAUAUGGUGAAGCGGGCUGCCGAUAUCACAUUUGGCGUUCACACAGUCUGUUGUGUAGCCGAAAAGUUCCUUAGCACUAAGGGGCAGCUGGGGUAUUUUGCCAACGUCGGCCUCAAGGUCAACCUCAAGUUUGGCGGCACCAAUCACAAUAUCAAGACGCCCAUUCCUUUGCUCGCCAAGGGGAAGACGAUGGUGGUGGGCUAUGAUGUCACCCAUCCGACCAAUCUAGCGGCUGGACAAUCGCCUGCAUCGGCUCCCAGUAUUGUCGGCCUGGUCUCAACCAUCGACCAACACCUUGGACAAUGGCCUGCAAUGGUUUGGAACAACCCGCACGGCCAGGAGUCCAUGACGGAACAGUUUACGGACAAGUUCAAGACGCGUCUGGAACUAUGGCGCAGCAAUCCCGCAAACAACCGCAGUCUCCCCGAGAAUAUCCUGAUUUUCCGCGAUGGCGUCUCCGAGGGACAGUUCCAGAUGGUCAUCAAGGACGAGCUACCCCUGGUUCGCGCCGCCUGCAAGCUGGUGUAUCCAGCUGGCAAGCUACCGCGUAUUACGCUGAUUGUCUCUGUCAAGCGCCACCAGACUCGCUUCUUCCCAACGGACCCGAAGCAUAUUCACUUCAAGUCCAAGAGCCCCAAGGAGGGUACUGUGGUUGACCGCGGCGUGACCAACGUCCGCUAUUGGGACUUCUUUUUGCAGGCGCACGCGUCGCUCCAGGGCACGGCCCGCUCGGCUCACUACACAGUUCUGGUGGAUGAGAUUUUCAGGGCCGACUAUGGAAACAAGGCGGCCGACACGCUGGAGCAGCUGACGCAUGACAUGUGUUAUCUCUUUGGACGAGCCACCAAGGCUGUCAGUAUCUGCCCGCCUGCGUACUAUGCCGACUUGGUGUGCGACCGGGCGCGUAUCCAUCAGAAGGAGCUCUUUGACGCCCUCGAUGAAAACGAUAGCGUUAAGACCGAUGAUUUCGCAAGAUGGGGUAACUCCGGGGCUGUUCAUCCCAACCUUAGGAACUCCAUGUACUAUAUCUAGGCUUGUCAAUUGUGUGCUGGAAUGUACUGGAGCAUAUAAGUGACGCGAUGGAAGCCUAAUCGUCUCUGAAUAUGGAUCAAAGACAGCGUUUGCUUUUUCGGGGCUUCUAGUUUCUACAGCGAUUUGUGUGGAUUGUUUCUUGUUCUGUUUCUUGGUUCUUUCUUUCUUUUUUUUGUGUCUCUGUCUGCCUUUGUACUGCAUGCAAACGUGCACUCUGAAUGAUGAACGACACCAUUUGACGAUUGGAUAAGAGAUGACAGACUGCAGAUACUAUCAUGCGCAAUGGAAAACACGAACAACCAAGGUUUUUGAUUCCUUCAAUAGCGAAAUAUAGAAAAAGAAACAAAAAAAAAAACAACAACAAAUAAUGGAAGUAUGAUUAAACACAUUGAGCGCGAUGACUGACUGGUGUUGUGAAUGGCGUG